AUGGCGGAAACAUGUUCAUUCUUACCAGAGGAGUGGUGGGAGUGUAUCUUCAAGUUAGUUGACGAUGGCGACAACAACCAUUACUGGGAACCUCUCUCCCUCGUAUCCAAACAGUUUUUGUCCAUCACCAACCGUCUACGGUUCUCCAUCACAAUCUCCGAUAAAACCAUCCCUUUCAUUCCUCGCCUCUUCGACAGGUUCCCUAAUAUCACAUCCCUCAACAUCACGGGCUUCUCUACAGAAAGUGACCUCGACGAGCUUCUUACUAAUAUAUCCACUUUCCCUGUAGACAUCAAAUCGCUUACUUUCUUCCAUUGCUAUAGCAAUAUUCCUACAGAUGGGUUGCGAGCUUUCUCCAAAAAUAUGAAAAAUUUGACAUCUCUCACUUGUUACCGAAUUAAUAAAAUCCGCAAGAAUGAUCUAUUCUUCCUUGCUGAUUGUUUCCCUUUACUCGAAGAACUCAACCUUAGCCAUCCUGUUAUUGCUACUAGCUAUGAUUUUGAGCUAGAUGAUGAUGAUCGGUUGUUGGCACUUCCCAAACUCCGCAAAAUUAAUUUAUCAGGUAAUUUCAUCGAUCGCCAAUAUGUUAACUCUCUCUGCAAGAACUGUAACCUUCUUCGAGAUGUGGUCGUGACUGAUUGGUUUUAA